GGUUGUUCUUCCUUUCCCCGAGUUAUUCGGAUUUUCGGUCUCGACUCUCCACUUGGGUGUUGUCUUUGACUGGAAAAGUAGUCGAUCACGAUGGCGACCGUCUCUCUUGGCCCCAAGAGCAACAGAUAGUUUUCGACAUUCGACACAAACUACGUGAUGUCUCGGUUGGCCGAUUAUUUCGUUAUUGUCGGAUAUGAUCACAAAAAUGAAAGAGGGGGUCACAGUCAAGGAAUCAUUUUACAGAGGUUCCCUGAAAAGGAUUGGGAAGACACCCCAUUUAUUGAUGGAAUUGAAUUGUUUUGUCAGCCUCAAGGAUGGGCAUUAUCGACAGAAAGACAGGAACCUCGAUUUUUUGUUUCUGUGCUGACAGACAUCGAUGCAAAUAGACAUUACUGUGCUUGCUUAUGCUUUAAUGAAACAGUUUCUAUUACUCCUAGUAAACCAGUUGACGAGGAUGACGAUGGACUUGAAGGUACAGGUGUCGUGCCGGCUAUAUCCCACCACAGUAUCAUGUAUGCACCAAAAUGUUUGGUUCUUGUGUCAAGACUGGAUUACAUUGAGACUUUUAGAAAUUGCUUGGGAAUUGUAUAUUCCGUUUGGAUUGAAGUUGUUAGUAGCAUUAAACUGGAAGCGUUGGUUGGUAACAUGUUAGGUUGCGUCCAUGUUCCUCCUCCUGGUGGACCUCAAGUUAGAUUUAGUAUUGGAGCUGGAGAUCGGCAAGCCUUGCAGCCACCUUUGUCUUCAACUUUGCCUACGACCAACACUGCAGUGACCAUGCUCUUCCAACAACUUGGUAUUCGUAAUUGCGUGUUUUUGUUUUGUGCUGUUAUGACGGAACACAAAAUACUUUUCCAAUCUCAAAGUUACACAAGGCUGACGGAAGCUUGUCGAGCGUUAACAGCACUAAUGUACCCGUUUAAAUAUUCCCAUGUUUAUAUUCCACUGUUGCCAGCUUCUUUGGUAGAAUUUUUAACAUCGCCAAUUCCAUUUCUAAUCGGAGUACAUUCGUCUCUAAAAACUGACUACACUGAAUUAAUGGAUGUAAUAGUUGCAGAAUUAGAUACUGGUUUUGUUGUUGUUCCGGACACUGUAGUUGUACCUCUUCUUCCUGAACCAUUUCUAGAGGAUACAAUGUCUGCUUUAAGCCUUGUACUUCAACCAGAGCUCACUUCUGCAGAUUUUGCUUUUGUACCUGAGUCACCUCCUCCCCCUUCUCCGCAGUGUAUUGAUAAAAGGAUCAGAGCUGUAUUCAUGAGAAUGUUUGCACAACUGAUGCAAGGUUAUAGAUCAUGUCUUACAAUAAUAAGGAUUCACCCUAAACCUGUAAUAACGUUUCAUAAGGCAGGAUUUUUAGGCGAAAGGGGAUUUGUCGAUUGUGAAUUCACGACAAAAGUGUUAGAUUCUAUGUUUUUCACAGGUUUUGUUAUGGAAAGGGGACCACCUUGGCGACCGUGUGAUCAUUGGGAUGAGUUAUAUGCUCAAAUGCCAGAAUUGAUCCGCCAAGAGCAACUAAACCCAGCAUCAGUAAUAAAACAUAUUCAGGACGUAGCAAAUGUCCUAUACACAAAUGAGAAUCCAAAUCAUCAGCCGUACGUUCAAAAAUUACUGAAGCCACCUGAAGGAGCUUACGCUAGAAUACACCAGCCAGCUUUUCCUAAAAUUGAUGCUGGGAUUGUACAAACAAUAAUUGAUGAGGGUCUUGCUGAAAAUGACAUAAAAGCGAGGUUAGGAGCAUUAAAACCUGCAACGUGCAGAAUAGUACCAAUGGGAGUACACAUAUCAAAUGUCAUAGAUUCUCGGCAACAAAUUGUCAGCAAUUCAGCAAGAAGAUUAGAGGUUCUUAAAAAUUGCAUUUCGUAUAUCUUUGAUAAUAAAAUUUCUGAUGCAAGAAAAAGUCUUCCUGCUGUUUUACGUGCACUCAAAUGUCGGAUAGCGAGGUUAGCCCUGUGCACAGAAUUGGCGGCUCAUGUUAAUGGAAAUAAAGCCAUGCUGGAACACCAGCAGUUUGAUUUAGUUGUCAGGCUAAUGAAUUGCGCACUUCAAGAUGUUUCACCGAUUGAUGAAUUUGGAGUUGCUGCUGCACUUCUUCCUCUAGCUACUGCGUUCUGCAGGAAACUUUGUACUGGUGUGAUCCAAUUCGCUUAUACAUGCAUACAGGAACACAACGUAUGGCAGAAUCAACAGUUUUGGGAAGGCGCUUUUUAUCAAGACGUCCAGAAAGAUAUAAAAGCGCUCUAUGCACAAGUUUCUUCUAAUGAGGACACAAUAUGGAAAGGGAGAGGUCAAGAACCAUCAGCAUUAGAAAUCGCCGCAGAACAAAUGCGCCUUUGGCCAAAUAUUAAUCCAGAUAAACAAAUUGAGCUUGCUGGUAGUGAAGAAUCGACGGUUUACAGCCAAGCGAUUCACUAUGCAAACAGAAUGGUUUAUCUCAUAGUUCCUGUAGAUGUUGCAAGUAGGCAGAUAAAACAACCAGCAGUGUGGGAUCAACACUCUCAUACUAAUACUACUAACAGGUCAAGUGUUGGAGAGAGUGAAAGUGGUUCAGAAUCAGGAUUUGACGAGGCUGAAGGGUUAUUUGGCAAUUCUACAGGGACCUCAGAUGUUGUGAGAGUUGUCACAAGAUUUGUAGACAGGGUAUGUACUGAGGGUGGUGUCAACAGCGAACAUGUAAAAAGCCUUCACCAGAUGAUACCCGGCGUUGUACAUAUGCACAUUGAAACACUCGAAGCCGUUCAUCGCGAAUCUAAGAGGCUGCCACCUAUUCAAAAGGCGAAGAUGGUUGUUCCAACACUGGUGGCGGGAGAGGAGGUUCUGUGUGAGGGGCUCAGGGUUUAUUUAUUACCAGAUGGAAGAGAAGAAACAUCCCAACAAUUACUUGGUGUCCCCCCUUUUUUGCCUGCCGAAGGUGCCAUAUUUGUCACAAACUAUCGAGUAAUAUUCAAAGGAACUCCUUCCGAUCCCUUGGCUUGUGAACAGAUAGUAGUCCGAUCAUUCCCAGUUACUUCAUUGACCAAAGAAAAAAAGGUUUCUGUGCAAAAUCAUUUGGAUCAAUGGUUGCAAGAAGGUCUCCAGUUGAGGUCGUGUACUUUCCAGCUCAUUAAAGUUGCCUUUGAUGAAGAAGUGUCAACAGAAAGUAUAGAUACAUUUAAAAAAACAUUACAUAAGGUGCGACAUCCUCCUAAUGUAUUGCGACAUUUUGCAUUUUCUGGCCAUAUUCCUAUUCCUCAAACUCCAAUGCAAAGAAUUAAAGAAAAAAACGCAACUUUAAAGGGGUUCGCUAAAAAGACUUUGAUGAAAACAGCUAGGCGAGCAGGUUUCAAGCAGAAAACAUCUUCCAAACGUCAAAAAUACGUUUUACAAGAUAUGACAAGAUCUGAUAAAUAUCUCACAUCACCUGGCCGAAUGUCAUUGCCAUUGACUACUGAUGAAAUUCAGUUACCUGUAGAAGAUGUUACCAAAGGAAGUAUUGAACGAAUCGCAGAAAGAAGUUAUGUCCGUGAUUGGGUUAGGCUCGGAUUGAUUCAUUCAUCGCCAGCGUCGCCGAAUACAUUAAAUCACAAAGAUCAGUUUAGGAUAUCAAGUAUAAAUUCAGAUUAUUCGUUAUGCAGGACAUAUCCUGCUCUGAUGGUAAUGCCGACUAAUGUGACUGAUGACAGCAUCAAAAGAUUUUCUCGGUGUUAUAGGCAUGGCCGUGUACCUGCAAUCACAUGGAGGCAUAGUCGUACCAAAGCACUUCUUUUAAGGGGAGCUUCUUAUCAUGGGAAAAGUGUUAUGAGCAUGUUAAAAACCAAUCAUCCACAUCAAACAGGUGGAGGCCAUAAUGAAAGCGGUGGGGCCGCCUCAUCUGCAGAACAUGAAAGGUAUUUGUCCGUGAUUGUCUCAUGCACUCCAGCCUCUGCUAAUCUCCGUACCGGACCAUGGAGAUCAGACUCUAGCCUCUCUAUCAAUUCAUUAUUUUUGGCUGCGGAAGAGACGAACCAUGUCACGCCUACAAUGAGUUCUUCAAAAGUUGGACUUUCCAGGGCAAGAUGGGGUUCAGUCAAAGAUGGUGCGCCCAGACUCUCUGGUGAUUCGGAUUCAGGGAGUGACUGUGUACACACCUUACAUAAUGCACCGUUGUAUGUAUUAUCUGACAAGACGCAUUAUAAGGCAUUUAAAGUGGACGGUAUCAAGGCGGAAUUUAUUCCUGUCGAUUAUGCUGAUUUUAGAGCUUCUAAAGCUUCUUUUAAAAAACUCAUGAGAGCCUGUAUACCAAGCAACCUUCAGACUGAAGUCGACCAGUCAUUCUACAAGUUGAUUGAGAACAGUGAAUGGUUACAACAGCUGCAAUCGCUUUUGCAGUUGAGUGGUGCGGUUGUCGAUUUAUUGGAUGUACAAGGGUCAUCGGUCAUGCUGUGUCUUGAGGAUGGAUGGGAUGUUACAUGUCAGAUUUCAUCAUUGGCGCAGCUUUGUUUAGAUCCUUUUUACAGAACAAUUGUCGGUUUCCGGGUUCUUAUUGAAAAGGAGUGGUUGGCAUUCGGCCACAGGUUUGGUCACCGAAGCAGUCUGUCACCCAGUUCACAGGCUUCUACUUUUACUCCGACAUUCUUGCAAUUUUUAGAUCUAGUUCACCAGGUCCAGAAGCAAUUCCCCUUAGCGUUUGAAUUUAAUGAAUAUUACCUCAGAGUUCUUGCAUACCAAUCAGUGUCUUGUAGAUUCCGCACCUUUUUGUUAGAUUGCGAAUUGGAUCGUGCUGAAUGUGGUAUAACGGCCAUUGAGGAUAAGAGGGGUUCUCUUACAUCUCACCACAAGACUGUCGACACAGGUUCUGAUGAUGAAUCCAUUUAUCCUGGAGGUUUAAGAGCUGGUACACACACAGGUCCGAAAUUAGGACAAUCUGUGUUUGAUUAUAUAGAAAAGCACAAUGCACGAGCUCCAGUUUUCUUUAAUUUCAUGUACACCCCAGAUACUGAUCAACCGGUGCUCAGGCCUCAAUCACAUAUAGCAGUGCUGGAUGUUUGGAAUUAUUAUAUUAGUGAAGACCUAAGGCACGGACCUAGUUAUGACCUAGAGUUAGUAGAAUUGGAAGCUUCUCAGCAGGAAGAAGCAGAUGCAGCUGAAGGGACACACAAUUCUUCUAGAAAAGUUGUUUUAAUGGGGUAUGAUAAUGUACAACAGUGUGUGCCCGAUGCUUUUACACAUUUAUUAGAAGAAAUCCAUAACCUAGAAACUGAAUUAGGACAUUUACCACAAAAGUGGAAAGUGCUUUGGGAUAAGUUGGAACUUCCUACCACAGAUUCUUUAACUCGGCAUGCUUCAUUGAGCACAGCUUUAGUUAGAUCCCACGGACGUCUGCUACACAAAAGAUCCACACUAGAAAUAUUAAUGAAAGGAAAAUUAGUUGAUACCCAGCCUUCUACAACAUCAAUUUACUCGCAUCCGCAUCGUUUUGAAAAAUACAAUUUUACUACACCAUCUUACUGUGAUUUUUGCACUAAUGUCCUAUGGGGGCCUGUAAAGACCGGUCACCGUUGUAUAGACUGUGGUUACAGCUGCCAUGAAAAAUGCUGUGAUAGUGUUCCAAAAACCUGUACAAAGUAUAAAUCAGUUUCGGAUGGAAUACAUUAUGCAAACCAUACAUUGACAAGAAGUGCAGCAGAUACAGCAUCGGUUAAUUCAACAAUUUCAGGUGUGACAGCGAUACAGACAACUAACCAGCAAUAUUAUGACCAAUUUUCAUCAAACGUUGCUGAAAAUAGGACUCACGAAGGGUAUCUGUACAAGAGGGGCGCUUUGUUGAAGGGUUGGAAGCAAAGGUGGUUUGUACUGGAUUCAAUAAAACAUCAGCUUCGAUAUUACGAUGCGAUGGAAGAUUCACAUUGUAAAGGAUUCAUCGAUUUAGCAGAAGUCGUGGCAGUUAAUCAAGUUCCUCCAGCACAAGGACCACCAAAGAAAACAGAUGAAAAGUCAUUUUUUGAUUUGCGUACAAACCGAAGGACUUAUAAUUUUUGUGCCUCGGAUGCCACCUCAGCCCAGGAAUGGAUUGAAAAAUUGCAGGCCUGUCUUCAGUAAUGGUCGUCAAGCAAAACCGAGCAAAAUUGAUCUUGUUAAACACUCUUAAGCUGAACUUUCUUAUGCUCAAAAUGUUUAAAUUAUCUUUUGCACUGAAAAUUAUUAAGACCUUACUACAUAAGACGGUUGUUACGAUGUUGAGAGCUCAAAUUAUAUGGUGAUAUACUCUCCAAAGAUUGGUAUAAACGGUGGCUGUUUAUUAAAUUAAAUAUUUUAUUUUGUGAACCUUUUAUGUUUUUUGUGUACAGAAAAGUUGUACAAAUGUAUAAAUUAAAUUGAUCUGAUUAUUAGUAUGGAUGUUGUACGUAUAUGUAAAUUUUGUUUUUGUUAUAUAACUCAUGUUUUAUUUAUACAUGGCGUACUAAAUCGUUUUUGCUUUACAUGCGCUUUAUUACCUCAGAAAGAAGAAGGAAGUAAGAUCUUGUACUGUGUGUUUGUCGAAGAAGUUUUAGUUCCCCUUGGCGUUUUUUACCCUAUUUUUGUGAAUUUAUCAACAAAUUUUGUAAAAUUUACAUUUCUUUGUUGUUACUGAAUCAAUCCUGCGAAUAAAUUUUCUUCCUCAAAGACAAAUCCUGAAUAUUGUUUGUUAUGUAAUUUGAUUCGUUUUUUAGGAAAGAAGGACAUAUAUGUUGUGUUUUUGGUAACAUUUUAUAAUUAUACCUAUGAUGAUAAUUUUAUACUUGUGGUAAUAAAUAUGAGUGAUAUAUAUAUUUUUUUAACUUUACUGUUUUUAUUAUCAUUUAUAAUAGUUUUAUUAUCAGUAAUAAAUAAUUAUUUGCUCAUUCCAAUCUGUUACCAUUGUUAUUUUAUUUUCACACGAGAGUUUGUAAUGACAUACAGUACAUAAUCUAAAUACUUUAUUAUUAUAAUAGUAUAUAUAUUUAUUAUCUAUUAUGUCUAGUUUUUAAGUUUGUGCCAUAAAAACAAAAUCACUUUUUUUUUCUUCUAAGUAUUAAACAAAUCAAAUGUUUAAUUAUCGUUUUAGAGGAGUAUAUUGCUUUCAAUUAAUAAAUUAGAUAUUAAUGUUUAUUUUUUUCUUUCAUAAAAGUAAAUAAACUAUUUUUAAUGCUUUGCUUAUAUUAUUUUUUAGCAUUGCUUCAGUCGUAAUGGAACAUGAACCUAAAAUUUAAACACAAGUUAAAAAUAUUGACGCGAUAUCAAUUUAAAAUGAUAUAGUUUUGUUGAACACAUAAGAGUGUCAAAUGUGCUGCAGUAACUAGCAAACAAAAUAAGUAGUAGUUUCUCUAAUAAUUUGUGUUUAAGAGGACAUCAGGUUGAAACUAUCGAUUUUUAUUGUUGCAAUUACUUUUCCGUUUUAAAUUAUAGUACUAUUAAGAAAAGUUUGAUAUAAUAUAAUAGCACAAUGUUUUAGAAAUACUUAAAACCGAUUUGGGAUAAUUUCCACAGUUUAAUAAACUUAUUUUUAAAGAAAUAUCAAAUUUAUUUUAAUAGCUGGAUGUGUUAUAUAAGUUUUAGUGUUCAUCUGUUUAAGUCAAUUUAUUGCAAUUAUCAAUCAAAUUGCAAACAGAAAUAUAAUGUUUUUAACAAUAAAUUUACUUACUUAACAUGUUGACUUGUGUUAACUUGUGUGUUAAGAUGACUUCCUUUGCAUUUCAAAGGCUUCCCCUUGAUACAGGCCCAAAAAAACAUUUUGACAACGAUGCUCCGCAGUCAACGUGUUAAAUGUCAUCGUACUCUAAAAUAAUUUUUACAGCUAUAAAACACAGCUAUAGUACAACUAUUGUUAUAAAUUCUGAAAAAUCAAUAGAUUUUUAUAUGUAAAUUCUUGUACAUUGUUUUCUUGCUUUUAUAUGUACAUUCCAUUUCUAUUUGUGCAAUACUAUUAGAUAUUUUCUACUGUAUUAUUUUUAUUUACAGUUAUUUUAGUAGAAUAAAAAUGAAUUAAUUUUUUAAAAAUCUGAAGGAAAUGUAAGAAUGUUAACCUAAUUAAAGACUUUGUAUAUUUAU